AUGGUGCGUCCUGCUUCACAGUCACCGCCAAUCCCAGACACAGCCGAUUCUCUAACCGAAGAGCAAGUCUCCGAGUUCAAGGAGGCGUUCUCCCUUUUUGACAAGGACGGCGAUGGACAAAUCACCACAAAGGAGCUAGGCACCGUCAUGCGAUCGCUGGGUCAAAACCCAUCCGAGUCUGAGCUUCAGGAUAUGAUCAACGAAGUCGAUGCCGACAACAAUGGAACAAUUGAUUUCCCAGAGUUCCUUACCAUGAUGGCUCGCAAGAUGAAGGACACCGAUUCCGAGGAAGAGAUUCGAGAAGCUUUUAAGGUGUUCGACCGUGACAAUAACGGCUUCAUCUCUGCCGCCGAACUUCGUCACGUUAUGACCUCCAUCGGAGAGAAGCUCACCGAUGACGAAGUAGAUGAGAUGAUCCGUGAGGCCGACCAGGAUGGUGAUGGCCGUAUCGACUAUAACGAAUUUGUCCAGCUCAUGAUGCAGAAAUAA